AUGGGAUCCUGUUUAGAAAGAGAUGGGCAGGAGAUGUGCGACGGGGGGCGGGAGCGGUCCGCGGCACCUCCGAGGCGCGCCACUCUGCCGCCGAAUAAAUUAUGUUCUUUGGCCCGUAUCACGCGCCGCGUGCCCCGCGCAAGCCCCUCGGGACCUUAUCGAUCGAGUUGGAUAAUCCUAGAGGUCGCUAGAUCGCCGGCGCUUGCGCGCUGUACGUUGAUGACCUCUUGCCCCGGUAGAGCAUGA